GGGUUUUCUUGCUCUUGCCUUGAAAAACUCAUCGUCACGCCUUUCCUUCCAUCAACACGAUUUUCCUGUGUGCACUCUUCCUUCCCGUAAUUCCUGCAUUUUUCGCUCCUUUUAACGCAGAUCGCACGCUGCACUCAAAUCAUAUUUUCCCCUCAUAAAUUCAAUCAGGGCACACAUCGAGAGACCGCGUACUCUCCUACUUUGCGCCGUGUAUUUUACUCUCGAGUUCUACACCUACCUAAUCUUUUCUCACAGAACGCGAAGACGAUAAAAUGUCUUACGGCGGCGGCGGCUACGGCUCUCGUAAUGGCGGUGGCCACGGAGGAGGUUAUUCUAACGGUAACGACAAGUAUGGUGGUGGUCACGGCGGUGGUCGUCAAGACCAUGGUUAUGGAAACGGCUACAGUAACGGCGGUGGCUACGGCAAUGGAGGCGGAUAUGGUGGUGGUGGUGGCGGCGGUGACCGAAUGUCCAACCUCGGAGCUGGACUUCACAAACAAAACUGGGAUCUCAGCAGCCUUCCCAAAUUCGAAAAAUCCUUUUACAAGGAGGAUGACGCAGUUGCUCGACGACCUGCUAGCGAAGUCGAGCGCUUCCGACGAGAUCAUCAGAUCACCAUUUCCGGUAGCAAUGUUCCCAAACCCGUUGAGACCUUCGAUGAGGCUGGAUUCCCUCGAUACGUGAUGGAUGAGGUCAAGGCACAGGGUUUCCCCGCUCCUACAGCCAUUCAAUCCCAAGGUUGGCCAAUGGCUCUCUCCGGUCGUGAUGUCGUCGGUAUUGCCGAGACGGGCUCCGGUAAGACGCUAACCUACUGCCUUCCUGCAAUUGUCCAUAUCAAUGCACAGCCUCUUCUAGCACCUGGCGAUGGUCCCAUCGUACUUGUGCUCGCGCCUACGCGAGAGUUGGCUGUCCAAAUCCAACAGGAGAUUACUAAGUUCGGUAAAUCUUCUCGUAUCCGUAACACUUGUGUUUACGGAGGUGUUCCCCGAGGUCCCCAGAUCCGCGACCUUACUAAGGGUGUUGAGGUCUGCAUCGCAACACCCGGACGUCUGAUCGACAUGCUGGAGGGUGGCAAGACCAACUUGCGCCGAGUGACCUAUCUAGUCCUCGACGAAGCUGAUCGAAUGCUAGAUAUGGGUUUCGAGCCCCAAAUUCGCAAGAUUAUUAGUCAGAUUCGACCUGACCGUCAAACCCUCAUGUGGUCCGCGACGUGGCCCAAGGAAGUCCGCGCACUGGCCGCUGAGUUCCAAACCGACUUCAUCCAGGUUAACAUUGGUUCCAUGGAUUUGUCUGCUAACCAUCGUAUUACCCAAAUUGUUGAGGUAGUAUCUGAGUCUGAGAAGCGCGAUCGUAUGAUCAAGCACCUUGAGAAGAUCAUGGACAACAAGGAGAACAAAGCUCUCGUCUUCGUAGGUACCAAGCGAACAGCGGACGAAAUCACCCGCUUCUUGCGUCAAGAUGGCUGGCCCGCCCUCUCGAUUCACGGUGACAAGCAACAGAAUGAGCGUGAUUGGGUCCUCGACCAGUUCAAGACUGGAAAGAGUCCCAUCAUGGUGGCCACCGAUGUGGCUUCACGUGGUAUUGAUGUGCGCAACAUCACUCAUGUGAUCAACUAUGACUAUCCCAACAACUCUGAGGAUUACAUCCACCGUAUCGGCCGAACUGGUCGUGCUGGCGCCAAAGGCACAGCCAUCACUCUCUUUACCACUGACAACUCUAAGCAGGCUCGUGAUCUAGUCUCUGUCCUACAGGAAGCUAAACAGCAGAUUGAUCCUAGAUUACAUGAGAUGACCCGCUACGGUGGCGGUGGUGGCGGCGGUCGUUACGGCGGCCGAGGUUUUGGCCGCGGCGGUCACCGAGGCGGUGGCGGCGGUGGUGGCGGUGGUGGUGCUAACGCAAUGCCUAUCAACAACCGACGAUGGUGAUAAACUAUCCAAAAAGUUCUUUCGCCAUUAUUACUUACACAUCAUAUUUCCCAUCAACCGCAUCUGAUAUUUUUUUUCUUUCCUUUUCUUCAUUUGCACAUAUGCACAGGUGGCGUUGCGUCUAGAGGUUCGGAUGUUUAGAUGUCUUUCAUGUCAACACUCCACGAAGUGUUCGCAUCUCUUCGCUGAGAACUGCAUAACCUGCCCUCCUAAUUUCGCCCCGACAAAAGGACGGAAAAUGAUUUCAGGUGUUGUAUGACGGAACAAGUUGCGGGAAAACCCACGAAAACAGGUACAGCAGAUACUAAAUUCUGCUCUGAUUUUUGCAGAAGCACUCCUAGUCUUGAGUUCAUACUACUUGCCAGUUCUUGGCCUUAGGUCAUGAAAGAGGUACGUCGCUUACUGACUCGGUAACAGAUUGGAGCUGCUCAAAAAUGACCCGUGUCGAGGUCGCAUAUUUAGGUAGACUUUACUCUGCUUUGUUCUCGCUAGGAGGCAAUGCAAUUGAUUACAUAGUAAGAAUUAAGUCUGCAUUUUGAGAAUGUUAUACACUAGGGUUGAUUGCAUCA